GAGUCACUCGCGCGGAUGCCAGCAACGGCCGCGGUUCGCUGUUAGGCCCCGAGGAGGAGGAGGAUCGAACACGCGGCCAGAGCUCACUCGGGAGCCACCGUCUCCCAGCGCGGCGGCGAGCGAAUGGACGAGAAACCUAAAAAGAGAAAGAAGCUUUACAGAUAGAACAGUGCAUUCAGUCCUUGCCUCCAGACAGAAAACAGCAAAAUGAAUUCUGAAUCAAAAAAGCAGCUGAACAUCAUUGUUUUAGGAACAGCUUUUAUGUUUAUGUUCACUGCUUUCCAGACAUGUGGAAAUAUUGCGCAAACUGUCAUCACAAAUUUAAACAACACUGAUUUUCAUGGCAGUGGCUACACAAGCAUGGCUGUUAUUUAUGGGGUGUUCUCAGCAUCAAAUCUGAUUUCGCCUUCAGUGGUUGCCAUCAUAGGGCCACAAUUAUCCAUGUUCAUAAGUGGCAUCUUUUAUAGCAUAUAUAUUGCCGUUUUUAUCCAGCCUUCUACUUGGACUUUCUACACAGCCUCUGUUUUCCUUGGAAUAGCAGCUGCUGUGUUAUGGACUGCUCAGGGAAACUGCCUGACAAUAAAUUCCAAUGAAAACACAAUUGGCAGGAACAGUGGAAUAUUCUGGGCAUUAUUGCAAUCCAGCUUGUUUUUUGGCAACCUCUAUAUAUACUUUGCCUGGCAAGGGAAAUUACAUAUAACAGGAGGAGACCGUAGGACCGUCUUCAUUGCUUUGACAGUGAUCAGUCUUGUGGGCACUGUUCUGUUUUUUCUCAUUCGAACACCAGAAGAAUCUAGUUCAGAAGAAGGAGAAACCACUACUGACAACCUUGUAGAACACACGUCUGGCCAGAGCAAAAUGACAAAGGCUGUAGAUGCAUUUAAAAGAUCUAUCAAGCUGUGUGUCACGAAGGAGAUUCUGCUGCUUAAUCACAACAGCCUACAGACAGGUCUGGAAUUAACAUUCUUCUCUGGAGUGUAUGGGACCUGUAUAGGUGCUGUAAAUAAAUUUGGUAAUGAAGAAAAAAGCCUCAUUGGACUCUCUGGUAUUUUUAUUGGUGUUGGAGAAAUAUUAGGUGGAGGAAUCUUUGGUCUCCUGAGCAAGAGCAACAGAUUUGGUAGGAACCCUGUAGUGAUGUUAGGCAUUGUGGUCCAUUUCAUAGCCUUCUAUUUGAUUUUCUACAACAUCCCAAAUGAUGCCCCCAUUGCCUCCAUGGAUGGAACUGACAGUAUAGCAUUCAUGGAACCAAGCAAAGAAGUGGCUGUUUUUUGCAGCUUCCUCUUGGGCCUAGGUGAUAGCUGUUUCAACACACAGCUCCUCAGUAUUUUGGGAUUUCUGUACUCAGAAGACAGUGCACCUGCCUUUGCAAUCUUUAAAUUUAUCCAGUCUGUCUGUGCAGCCAUCGCUUUCUUCUACAGUAACUAUUUGUUUCUUCAGUGGCAGCUUCUGAUAAUGGUUGUGGUUGGGUUCUUUGGGACAAUUUCAUUCUUCACUGUGGAGUGGGAAGCUCCAGCAUUUGUUGCCAAGAAUUCGGAUUACAGCAGCAUUUGAUGAAGGCAUUUUCUUUCUUUUGCACACAUAUACACUCAUGCACACACACAUAUUUGUUCAAAAGACUUGAUAGUGUUUUUACUUAUGGAACAUGAAAAAAACCAAACACCAAAGUUUUGAAAGAUUUUUUCCCCCUCUUAUCAACUUGUGAUGAAUAAAUCACGGACUACAGCUUUGAAGGCAAUUCUGGCAACUGGAACGUGGAGCAUCCUCAUCUUUUCCCACUACACAGCGCUUGCAUAUUAGGCUAGUUUCUAUAAACUACAUUUGUUUUUCAUUUUUAACUCAUCUGUUUCUGAAGCCUGGCAUAGUAGUCUUGUCUGAUUUUCUGUGCAUGCACAUUUUGUUGUCAGUAAGAAGAAAUACACUGUAACACAGAUGUAUUUCAGGAAGAACAGUUCACUUUAUGGACUGUGAAAAUCCAAAAAAGAUGUUAACGCUUUUUAAGAUUUUCCAGGUCCUUUUUAGAUAAGUAAAAUGGUUUAUGUUUCAAUGUGAAAUAACAUUCGUUUUUUAAAAAAAGAGGGAAAGAGAAAGAAGGUCACUGUUAUGGUAUAACAACAUAAGGGAAUUAAAUCUACUUGCACAAUC